UUUAGACUCUUCUCUCCGAUUUCAAAUUACCUUAUCUAGGGUUUCGCACAACGCAACAACCCUCUUCUUCCUCUUCCCUUCAAUCCCCAAAUUCCCCAAAUCAAACCAAUACUCAUCAAAUCCAAUCCCCUCCCACCACCUUCAAUCGCCAUUCACCGUCUCGAUUCGCCGUUUUCGGUCUCGAUUUGCCGUUUUCAAUUUUCCCCAAAAUUUUUGGGUUUUUCAAUCUAUUAGUGUUUUUCUGCUUCGGAUUGAUUCGUGUUUCUCUCUGAUUGGUUUCUGGGGUUUAGUGCAUUGGUGGGAAGUUUCUGUUUUUGGUGAGUAGCUUCAAUUUGGGGGUGUUUGGUUUCUGGGGAAGUGUAGGGGGUUUUUGAGGGAUGGCUACAAGCAGUGCGGGUGAGGAAGAUGUUGAGUAUGAGAGUGAUCCUGAGGAGCUCAAGAGAUCGCUGUCAAUGCGGCGGAGGCGUGAGGCGAGUGAUGAUGAGGAAGGGGAGGAUGGAGGUGGAGAAGAGGAAGGCAAGGGUGCGGAUCGGCGGUCAAUUCGUUCUGAUGAAUCGGAGGAUGAGGGUGGAGUGGCUGAUUAUGAUGACGAAGAAGAGGGGUUAUUGGAAGAAGAAGUAGAAGUAGAAGAGGAAGAAGUAGUGGAAGUGAAAGUGGGAGAAGAUGAGGAAGAGGUUUAUGAGGAAAGGGGUGUGGAGGAAGGAGUUGUGAAUGGCUCAGUAGUUGUGGUGAAGGAUUCUGAUGCUGAUUUCAAGCCCAAUUUGGAAGAAUCAGGGGACAUGGAGGAGGGUGAUGGUGAAGAGGAGAAGAAAGAGACUGAACCGUUUUCAGUGCCCACUGCUGGAGCAUUUUACAUGCACGAUGACCGCUUCAGGGACAAUGCUGGUGGCCGUGGCCAAAGGCGGAUGCGUGGUGGAAGGAGGCUGUGGGAGUCCAAAGAUGAGAGGAAAUGGGGACAUGAUAAGUUUGAGGAAAUAACUUUUCAGGAUAGGCCCUACAAAGAGGGAAGGAGACCUUCUAGGGGUAAUUUUCGGGGCCGUGGUAAAACUCGAGGCGUUGCUCGUGGAGGGUAUGUUCGUGGUGAUAGAAAAAGUUAUGAUGACAGAGACAAUCAAAAUCAGGUACCAAAAGGUGUUGUGCGAGGGAGAGGUCCCCGAAGGUACGAGCCUACCUAUAAAAACAAUGAUGCAGCACCCCAGAUGCAAAAUAGACAGUCCGGGAAGCCUGUUUACAAAGCUUCAAAUGUUAGUUCGGGGAGAGCUUUCACACCCAUUUCUAAUUCAGAAUCUGAUCCUGUCCCUGCUAAGAAACCAGUUCUUGCAUCAAACUUGAAUUAUGCAUCUCCCCCCUUUUACCCUUCAGGCUCUGCUAACAAAGACACAAGCCUGACACCAAAACGGGAUGUCCAAACUGGCAGUACAAGCAGGAAUGUUCACACUGGUGUUAUGGGUGAGGGUUUUGUUGCUCAACAAAACAAUGCCUUGCACAGGGGAAAGAAUAUCGUUGAUUCUAUCAGCAUGGACAAGCUGCAUAUUGAUGGUUCCUUCCGCCCAUCUGUCGGGAAGCCUUUGAACAAUUUGCACAUGCACCCACCUGGAUCUUCUGAAGUCCGUGCUUCUCAAUCUACUCAUCCAAGGGCUUCUGGGAGGGGUGGACCAAUCCCAGUUCAGAUGAAUUAUCAUCCUGCUGCCUCACAUAAUCAAGUAAAUAAAAUAACUCCAAGUCCAACACAAUACCAUGCCAUUCAGAAAACUUCUGCUCCAGGGCGAACUUCAAUGCAAGCCCCUGCUCCACAGUUGGGUCAUCGGCCUGGGAGCUCAUCUCCCCCUAAAGAAUCUGUGGCAAAUGGUUCAGAUGCUGGAGAAAUUGAUGUAGCUUCAGAAUCAGGUAAAUCCAUGGGCACAUUGGUUGGAAAUGAAAGAGCAGUUUCCCAAGGUAAUGGAAGAGGUUCUUUCAUUUAUGGUGGAGCUAUGGGCACUCCUGGAAAUAUGGGUGGUGGUCGUGGGGAUCAGAACUUCCCAACCUUCUUGCCAGUUAUGCAAUUUGGAGGGCAGCAUCCUGGUGGUAUGGGAGUUCCUGCUGUUGGCAUGGCAUUCCCUGGAUAUGUUGCUAAUCCUCAACUUGGUAUGGGAAGCUCUGAAAUGACAUGGCUACCAGUUUUGGCUGGUGCUGCAGGAGCUCUAGGAGCUACUUAUGGCUCACCCUAUCUCACUGUUGCUGGUGCUUAUCCUGGUCGGCAAUCAGGACAGACAUCUUCAGCGGCUACUACAAGCAAGGAAAAUAAUGUGAGUAAAGCUAAUAAUGAAUGGGAGCCACCUCAGAGACCUGAGCCUGUAAAUGAUGAGUUUGGUCAGCGGCAAAAUAAGCCCCGCAGAUACUCAGAGAUGAACUUUGGGCAAUGAAGUAUUGUAUAGUAUGCAGCAUGUUUGAAUAAGAAGAUAUGGCCUUCUUCCUCCAGGCCCUCUGUUCUCCAGCUUUUGCUCUGGAGUACUUUGGGCCGCUAUUGGUUUCGAGAAUUUUUAGUUAUAUAACGCCUGUUGAUGCUGUCCUCCAUUUAAAGAAGUUAUUGCAGCUUGACAGGUGGUAGUUGCUUGUGUAAUUGUGAGGUUUUUCUUUGCGGUUUGCUUUGGUGAAGCUUUAGUGAAAGACUGGCAAGCUUCUCUACAGCUAUGAAUAUGGGAAAAAUGGUAAAUGCAGCAACUGAGUGUUCGUGAAGUCAUAAAGCUAUUCUUGUCAUGUAAAUGCUUUUCUUAUCAUUCACCUGGUAUGAUGAACUUGUGGGUAAAAUUAUAAUGAGACAUUUUUAAUGAAUUGUUCAAUUCACUUUCUUUGAUGAUGUGGUUUUGUUUCUUCUAUUGAGACUUGCUGUGUUGUCAAAGUUGCUAGUAUUGUUACCAAGGACAAAAUUGGUGUUCCAUUCAAAGGAUGGUUUUGAUUAUGUCAUUAUGUAACUGAUUGUCUAGACUGUUACUAGUACUACCUUUGAAACUUGGCUUGAAGCUUUUUCUUCA